AGUAAUUGUAUUUUUUAUUUGUUAAUUUCCGAGUUUCUGACAUGCGAGUAGCAAAUUAAAGCUUCAAACCUUAUCGGCAUUGGGGAAAAUGGGGUGCUGCAACUGCUGGACCUUUCCCUCUUCCCCUCCUUUUUUCUCCUUGUAUGAUAGUAAUAAUAAUAGUAUUGCUUUUUCUUCUUCUUCUUCUUCAUGGUCAUUCUCGUCAGCCUCACACAAAUACAAUAGCUCCUUUGUUGCCCAGUUUUCAGAAACUUUAAAACUAUCCUAUAUCUUCAAUGCCCACUCCACUCGUUUCAGAAUCAACUGCAAAGCUAAAGACCCAGAAGUUGUGGAUUGCUUGGGUACAGGCCUGGACGCAGAGUGCCUUGUCUCUCGAAAUGAAAAGGAAGAAAAAAAAGCAGAACAAGCUGAAAAGGGCAAAAGCAACACUUUAUUGGAGUGGGCAGUGCUGGUGUCCCCAUUCUUCUUCUGGGGUACGGCAAUGGUGGCAAUGAAGGAGGUGUUGCCCAAAGCAGGGCCCUUCUUUGUGGCUUCUUUUCGUUUGAUUCCGGCGGGGUUGCUGUUGGUGGCGUUUGCCAAGUCAAAGGGCAGGCCUUUGCCUUCUGGCCUCACUGCUUGGCUUUCCAUUGCUCUCUUUGCUCUUGUGGACGCCUCGUGUUUCCAGGGUUUUCUUGCUCAAGGAUUGCAGAGGACUUCUGCAGGUUUGGGCAGUGUGAUAAUUGACUCACAGCCUUUGACAGUGGCUGUACUUGCUGCCUUGUUAUUUGAUGAGUCCAUUGGAUUAGUAGGAGCUGCAGGACUAGCCCUUGGGGUUAUCGGACUAGUGCUUCUGGAGGUACCUGCACUUGCUUUAGAUGAAAGUAAUUUUUCACUAUGGGGGAGUGGAGAGUGGUUGAUGCUCCUUGCAGCUCAGAGUAUGGCAGUUGGAACAGUAAUGGUCCGCUGGGUUUCCAAAUACUCUGAUCCUAUCAUGGCAACUGGAUGGCACAUGGUUAUUGGUGGUCUUCCUCUUGUUGGAAUUUCCAUUCUCAAUUAUGAUCCUGUUUUUAAUGGGAGUUUUCAGGAGCUUUCGGCAAGUGAUGUGUUGGCACUCUUUUAUACAUCAAUUUUUGGAAGUGCCAUCAGCUAUGGUGUAUACUUCUACAGUGCAACUAAAGGUAGCUUGACGAAGCUCAGCUCCCUCACCUUCUUGACGCCUAUGUUUGCUUCAAUUUUUGGGUUUUUAUACCUUGGUGAGACCUUCUCAACCUUGCAACUGAUUGGGGCCAUUGUCACCAUAGUUGCCAUAUACAUGGUUAACUUUCGAGACAGUUUACAGUGAAGAGCACGUUGUAGAUGCAUAUGACUUGUCUGAAAUAGAAUGAUUUUGACUUUACCUGAUUGGGCCAUGUUUGGAGCCAGACUUGCUUUUGAAAGAUGGGACAUGGUUGAGGAAAGUGUAUGAGGUUUGAGAUGCCUUGCUAAGCUAUUGAAGCAAUUAGUCUCAGUAAAUAUUAUUCUCAAGAGUGCUUGACUGCCCAUCGCUGCCUCUGUUAGAGGGGUGGGAUUCAAACUCUACUUUUUAAAGAGAUUCUUGCAUCAAUUAUUGAGUCAAAUAUGCAUCAAUAUAUUUAGAUGUGCUGUCUCUAUUCAAUCAAGGCUUUCUAAAUGUAAAGUAAUGUUUUAACGUAGGCUGUGAACAUCCGGUUUUUUCUUUCUUUUUUUUUUUUUUUUUUAC